UUACUAAUCAGUCAGUCAGUUUGCUAGCCAGUCGACAGUCGUCAUUCAGUUUGGCAAGAACAUUAUCAUGGUCGCACUUUUAAAAUCUGCUAUUCUACUCGGAGCGUUGGUAGCGUUUUGUUGGACGGCGGAAGCUAACAAAAUUGUUCCAUCGAAAGGCGUUUGCAGUAAUCCACCGAAUUUGCCAAUUCGAUCCUGUCCGGAGAACGAAGAGUUCCAGUGCUGUGGAGCCUGCGAGCAGCUGGGCUGUAACAAACGAGCCGGCAAUGUGAUGUGCUUCAUCUGCCCCUCGGAUUGCUACUGCAAGGAAGGUUACAUCCGGGAGAGGGCUUUCGUCGGAACGGCAGGGAACCGUGCCCGAUGCAUUCCGGUGAAGCAUUGUCCCAAAACGGUUUAGUCUUUCUAGGAUUGUAGCACACAAUUUACGAACGAAUAAAGUAACUGCUCGAAUUUUAA